AUGUCUACUAGCGUUGGCACGAGCGACUGCUGUCUCUCAAGCAAGGUCCACAAAGCCACACCAACAGGAAGCAUCGAGACGGUCGGUAGUCUUCAAACAUAUAUCGCCGCGCCUAACGAUGGCUCCAAAGCCAAAUCAGUUGUCUUUAUCCCAGACGUCUUUGGUUGGGAACUCCCUAACAUCCGUCUACUCGCAGACGACUACGCCAAAGCCGGAUUAUACUGCUACAUCCCCGAUAUCCACCACGGCGAUUCGCUCCCCAUCGAAUUUCUCUCUUCCAUGGAACCUCCCCUCAAGACCCGCGACCAACUCAGCCUAAUCGACAAGACCAAGAACACUGCUACAGUCAGCACAACCCUACCUCCCUGGCUCGUCAAGCAUCGCCAAUCCGUAAGCAAACCCAUCAUCGACUCCUUCAUCUCCACCGUGCGCGCCAUCCCCGGAACGCAGAAGGUCGGCACCGUUGGAUUUUCCUGGGGCGGAAGAUACGCCAUCCUCGCAGCGUACGGCGACGUUGACGCCGCCUACGCGUGCCAUCCCUCGCCGCUCAACGUCCCUGAAGAUCUCCGUCCCGUGUCCAAACCACUCAGUCUAGCACUGGGUGAUAAAGAUAGCUUUCUGGACAGGAACGCGAUGGGUCAGAUUCAGGAUGCGUUGGCGGUCAAGACGGAUGUCCCGCAUGAGUUGAGGAUCUAUGAGGAUCAGAUUCAUGGGUUUACGUUGCGUGAUGAUUGGAGUGGGGAUAAGGAUCGGAAGGCUAUGGAUGAGGCGGAGAUGCAGGGCAUUGAGUGGUUUUGUAGAUAUCUCUCUUAGACUAUUUCAUCGGAUGGAGAAUCGGGACACUGGUUUGGAUUCAAAAGUUCGUUGUAGAUGGUUUAUAUAUGCAGGAUUGUUGACGGAGACUUUUGGUAGAGCUUGCUGUGACCAUAUAUCUCUAUAUCUCUUUUUUCUUCAAAUGG